GACUGGGCUCAAAAACCUUUCGUUGAAAACCUUUGAUAGCACACCACGUUUAACCCUAACACAAUCUCAAGUUCCUCAGGAAAAAAGGCUCUGAUUUCGACCGAAAACCAGAAGAAAAAUGGGAGGAAAGUGUCCACACAGGAAGGUAAAGAAGAGAAGGUACUCUCACAAAACGUCCCGCCGCACCAAAUUCGAAAUCAAAGGUGACGAUGCUGUUUAUGAGAGCCUUCAGAAGACAGAUGAGGGGAAGAAGCCGUUGCCUGUCGAUGAAGAUCUUCCUGGGAUGGGCCAGUAUUACUGCUUGCACUGCGACCGAUACUUCGCGAGCGUGGCGGUGAGGGAUGAACAUUUCAAGACGAAACGACACAGGAAACGAGUGAAGCAAAUGAUGGGGCCUAAACCACAUACACAACUUGAUGCUGACCUAGCUGCUGGGAUGGGUAUGCCAGAUAAUGGUCCAAAACUAAUGUCAAUGUGAGGUUUAUCUGUGGAUAUUCGUUGUGAGUUAUGAGCUUCAAAGUGGCCCUCUUCAUACUGGAUAUUCGUCAACUUUUAGCACAAUCGUUCUUGUUACAAGUUAAGAAUGAUGUGUCUUGUCCUCGUAACACUUAUCCUAUCAAUCCUGUGUUAUGUUCA